AUGUUCCGCAAAAUCUAUUUGAGCGUACUCCGGUUGAAUUCAGCUGGUCCCACCGGGGGCUGGGCGAAAGGUGCUGCACAAUUUGUUCCUACUGGUCGCCGGUUGAGGAACGAAGAGGUCACCGUAGCCUCCCUUCGGGUCGAGGUACGGGACUGGUCUUCCUUCGUGCCCUCCCCUAGGGUUGAGGAACGAAGAGGUCUCCGUAGCCUCCCUUCGGGUCGAGGCACGGGACUGAUCUGCCCUUCGUGCCCUCCCCCUGUGUUGAGGAACGAAGAGGUCUCCGUAGCCUCCCUUCGGGUCGAGGUACGGGACUGGUCUUCCUUCGUGCCCUCCCCUAGGGUUGAGGAACGAAGAGGUCUCCGUAGCCUCCCUUCGGGUCGAGGCACGGGACUGAUCUGCCCUUCGUGCCCUCCCCCUGUGUUGAGGAACGAAGAGGUCUCCGUAGCCUCCCUUCGGGUCGAGGCACGGGACUGGUCUUCCUUCGUGCCCUCCCCUAGGGUUGAGGAACGAAGAGGUCUCCGUAGCCUCCCUUCGGGUCGAGGCACGGGACUGAUCUGCCCUUCGUGCCCUCCCCCUGUGUUGAGGAACGAAGAGGUCUCCGUAGCCUCCCUUCGGGUCGAGGCACGGGACUGGUCUUCCUUCGUGACCUCCCCUAGGGUUGAGGAACGAAGAGGUCACCGUAGCCUCCCUUCGGGUCGAGGCACGGGACUGGUCUUCCUUCGUGACCUCCCCUAG